UUUUGCAAACUCGAGUGGAGUGAAGAUAGAUCGAUCAAUGGAGCUAAAAGCUGCAGUUUUGCCUGUUGUGCUUGUGCUUGGAAUGAUACUUCACGUUGCAAUGGCUGCACAAGGAACCGCAACGUACUAUGACUCUCCAUACACACCAAAUGCCUGUGCAGAUAACAACCUUCCGGCUGAUCAUAUGUUUGCAGCGGGCAGUGCUGCGAUUUACAUGGGCGGCAGAGGCUGUGGAGACAUGUACACCGUCAAAUGUGUUCGGCAGAACAACCAGGGGCCCUAUGGUUGCACCAGCAAUCCUGGUCCUUACACCAUCAAGAUUGUGGAUUACUGCCCCGAGGGUUGCAAUGGGACUUUUGAUUUGCCUCACGAGCUGUUCCAGAAGAUGGCCGAUCCAAAUGCCGGCAACAUCAUUGUGGAGUAUCAGAAGAUUUGACUUAUAUAAAUCCCACAAAGGAUGGUGAGCAAGAGCGACAAAGCAAAGAAAUAAGAAUGUAAUAAAACUUGGGAAGGGACAACCAGGUUCUAGAAAGCAUUGUUUUUGUGCUUUGAUUCGUGUUUAUUUGUUGUUGUUGAGUUGCUCUUGUUGGUAAGUCCCGGGGACUUUUCAGUCCCAUCCCAAAAGAGCACACAAAGAUUUCUUGCAAGGAAAAAGAAGAAAACAAGGAGAAUCACAAAAGAACAAGACCAGACCCAACGCAGUAUCACACCUUUCUCUUUUCUAGUAGAGAUGCCAAGUUUCUUUCAAUACUGCAACAUUCUAACAACCUUUUGGACCCAAUCUCACAGGAAUUUCGCAAUCGCAGCGAUGUCAGCACUAGGUGCGAUUCAACGAAAUUUCUUUCUGUUUUUGGCUUCUUAGGGUUUUGGAGAGGGGAGGGAUUGGAUGAAGCUGGCGCUCCCGCAGCAGCAGCUCUGGCGACUGCCGCAUCGCAUUGGCACUCGGUUCGUUCAUUCGUUGCCGCCGUGCUCUUGCGCAGCACCAGAGGGAGGGGGAAGAGGAGGUGAUCUUCUUUCUGGUGUUCACCAGCCUGCGGUUCCCAGACCGACUCUCACCGAUGAUGAGCUCCGAUUGUUUAAGGAAUUGCAUCCAUCGGUGCAAAGUCAGCAGCCAGAUGUGGGAGCGUUUCAGCAACUCCCAAUGGUUGUUCCUGCCGAAGAGAUUUUGGCUUCCGCAUUGAAAGCUGCCAAAAGGGUUCCGCCGUCCAAAGCCAUCUCAAACAUCGCCAAGAGGGAGCGAAACCGCGGAGCAAGGCAGCUGGAUGCGUUGAUGAAGGAACUCUCAGUCCCUCUUACGACUUACUUCAAAAAGUUCCCCAGGAGCUACGAAUUACAUGCGUAUGAGAGGUCGCUUUUAGAGUUCACACUCGGAAAAGGCAAGUACGAAGAGAUCCUUGGCAACGUUUUAACUCUGAGGAAAAAGCUGACUCUGUGCGGGAAGAAUAUGGCCUCGCUGUGCUCCAAGUCAAGCACCAGAAGGGAGGCUGCAGAUCUAAAAGAUGAGGGAUUUCACGAGAUGACUGUUGUGUUCCACGAGCACGUUCAGUACCUUGAGGAUCUGAAAGAGACAGCUAAGACUCUCAGGAAGCUCCCGGUUGUCAAUCCUCGCGACCCAAUUCUAUGCCUAGUCGGAGCUCCGAAUGUUGGUAAAUCCUCUUUGGUGCGGGUGCUCUCUACGGGAAAGCCAGAGGUUUGUAACUAUCCAUUCACAACAAGAGCUAUUUCCAUGGGUCAUAUAAUGGAUUAUGCUUUUUCUUACCAGGUUACAGAUACUCCAGGUCUGCUCAACAGGAUUGAUGCGGACCGAAACGACAUGGAGAAGUUGACUUUAGCGGCACUAGCUUAUCUCCCAACGGCUGUUUUAUACGUGCACGACCUUACGGGAGAAUGUGGUACUAGCGUGCAGGACCAGUUUUAUAUCUAUAAAGAAAUUCGAGGAAGAUUUCCAAGCCGGCCUUGGAUCGACGUGGUGUCUAAGGCUGAUCUCCUGGAAGUGCCAGCUCUUCGUGAUGGCGAAGAAGUGGAUGAGAUUGUCCGGUACAAAACUUGUGGACCACCUGGAGCGCUGUGGGUAUCAGUGGAGACAAAGCACAACGUUUCCGAGCUGUCAUCGAGGGUUUUGGAAAUGCUGAGAAGUAUCUCGGAUCAAAGUAAAGAGAAAGCCGCUGUGGAUGAGGAGUCAUAACAUUAUCCACUGCUCGUUCUAGCAACCAUUCAAGCAAAAUGGAGCUAAAGCUGUGAGUUUUCGAUUUACUCAACACGAAAUGAUUUAAGCCUUUUAAGAAACUACUAUACAGGUGAGUUUUUAUCCGCAAGACGUGCCUCGUAUAAAUACUAUGGUCGGAUAAGGCUUGGCUGGCUGCUCUUUCGCUGCUAACUGACAGAAGCUCCUCUCAUGGCGACAUCAGCAGCACUCUCCAUCUCCAGCGGCACUGUUGCGUCGAGCUCGUGUCACGUAGGCGCUUACAGCAGAGGUUCAGUGGUGGGGAUAAGUAGCAACGGAGGCCGACGUCGAGGACCCAAAGUGGUGUGUGCCGUUGGUGAGCUCUCAUCGAACAGCACAAGCUACUUGAUCGCCGGGGCAAUUGGGAUUGCAGUAAUAGGAACUGCAUUUCCCAUCUUCUUCUCCCGCAAGGAUCUGUGCCCCGAGUGCGAUGGAGCGGGAUUCGUGAGGAAGACUGGUUCCAAGCUGACCGCGAACGCUGCAAGGAAGGAUAACACCCAAAUCGUGUGUGCUCGUUGCAAUGGACUCGGAAAGCUGGCUCAAGUCGACAAGUGAAUCAAAACGAGAUUGUUGUUGUGAUCUGUUUUCCUAGAGAAUAGGGAGUGUUUUUAGUUUGUUGUUUGUCCGUUGGGUCGUUUCAGCGGCCUUGUGGAGCAAAACUGCCUUGUUUUGCUCUUCAUUUCGACGUCAUUCCUUGCGUGCUUUACAAAGGCUUGGAUUCCUGGUUUC